UGUGUGAACUGUGUUUGUUUGCUGUUCUGUCCGGCAGACAUCGAUGAGUGUCAGGAUGAGUCGGUGUGUGCUGGUGGAGAGUGUAUGAACACAGACGGCUCAUACAUGUGUUUCUGUACACACCCCAUGGUGCUGGACCUCAACUCCAACCGCUGCGUCUUCCCCAUUGAGGAGGCUGAGGAACGGGAGGCGGCCCAGCUGGUAGACUACCAUGGUGGAGUGUGCUGGCAGGCGGUGACAGAGUCCAUGACGUGCACGCGCCCGCUGGCUCCACACAUCGAUACCACAUACACAGAGUGCUGCUGUCUGCACGGGGAGGCCUGGGGCAUGGACUGUGCCCUGUGCCCCCCCAGAGACACAG